AUGGGUCAAAGUCAGACAAGAGCUCGCUCAGGAAGGCGGCGCAAUCGCCGUGCUGAUCAGUUCUGUGUUCACAUCGUGGCUGACGAGCGCCAGAUACCAGUAUAUGCGGUGGAGUUUAAAGCCCCUCACAAGCUUACGGUCGCGGAAUUAGUCGCGGGCUUGCACGAGAUGGACCUGGCCCGCGAUGUUAUUGAUCAGGAAGGAGACACGUUUGAGUUUCAUACCACCCGCCUUGUUGCCGCUGUUGUCACUCAAAUAUUCUCAUACAUGCAUGACUUGGGGAUACAGAACGGGUGUAUUCGGACAGGGGAGGCAUUUGUCUUUCUACAUAUUCCAGAGGAUCCCACAAUAGUUCAAUACUACUUGUGUUUCCCAAAUCAAGACGUGCAGGCAGGCGAUGAGAGCCGUCUCCACCGGACUGCCGUGGGCCAGAUGCUUGCGUUCACACUCCAAGCGCUGGCCGCUGAAGCUCCGUCCCAAGAGUGGCACAAUACCGCACAUGAACAGCUCUCUACCUGGAAAGUCGAAUACUUGGACGUCUUGCGUGAUAUUCCUGAAACGAUUCGCAAGGAGCCGCCGCCCUCGAAUUAUCGGCCUUCAUACUGGAAACCGAAUCCAAAGACACACAAUACACGUUCCUACGCUCGCUGUAAUCCAGGCAUAUCUACCCCGGUAGGCUCGCCAAGUGAAAGCAGUGAUAGUGAUGAGGAUAUGCCUUCGCCGUCCACCGCACCAGCCGCGCGCAGUCGAUCAAGUCGCGGGAAAGGUAAACAUUUAUCAACUGGCGGACGCGAACGGGCACAACCCGACCAAAGAACAAAGCAAACUCCUUCUCAAAAGGUGCAGAGACCGUACUGCACCAUGGCUUGUAUCCGUGGUAUGGUCCACGGGGGUCCUCUGGAUAAGAAGUGCCCUAACUGGCAACAUCACAGCGGUCAGAGGCAUCCAAUGGGCCCGCAGGAGUUCACGCGCAAGCUGCACCGUCAACUUGUCCAGAAUCGAAAUAAGGGUUUUGAGCCGCUACACAUCCGUGGUCGGACGGGGUAUCUCAUGAAAGCGACUCUAUUGUCACAUGGGUAUACGGUGGUCAUCAAGGCUACAACAAAGGAGAAUCAGCAUGCCCUUAAAACAGAAGUUGACAAUUAUCGCAAGCUCCGAAGUUUGCAAGGAUAUCAGAUCCCAGUCUGUUUAGGCAACUUUGAGCCAAGCAUCGCAUACUGGUACCAUGGUCGGGUAAUGGCACAUAUGAUGAUCCUGAGCUGGUCUGGAACUCGGCUUCAGCGGAUAAUCAAAGACGAAAAUCUCGAUUUCUUCCACAAAGAACGAGAGAAAGCUCUGAAGUCCCUCCAGAAGUAUGGUGUUGAACACAAAGACAAAGAGUGGCGUAAUAUGCUGUGGGAUGAACAGACCCGCAAUUUGGUUGUCGUUGACUUGGAGGACAUGGAAUGGCUUAAGCGGCCUCGGCCUUUCCAACCAACACCUGGCAAUUCAUUGGGUCGUCGUAUCGUCCUGAGAAGGAAAAAUGAACGAAGGCGCGUAUCUAGUCGAGCUGCUGUCUGUACAUCAUGA